UUGGGUUUGUUGUUGGCGUGUCAUUGGAAACGAAACAUCCAUCUAACCUCACUUCCACUUCCAUCCACCACCAGCAAAACUGACCAAGUUUCUUUACCUUGCCAAAAUUGAUCAACGCAACUUGGCUAAUUGGAUCGCGUCUUGACCGCAUAUCCCAUACUGACCAUCUUAUCGUCUCGCUUGCUUAAUAGCAGCUGCAAUCAAUCAAUUGUAAGUCUCUUUUCCAGAAAAGAACCCCACGCCCGCUGCUGCACUCCACAUAUGCACCUCAACUGCGACCACAAGCGAACAACUCAGACACCCUCUCGCUCGCUGCUCCUCGCACUCUCACUCACUCUAGCCUCGCCUCCAUCGCCACUGAACUCUUUGCUUUCCCCUGCUGGCGAACCCCAUCGCGCUCCAUCCUCAAUCAGUCAUCGAAUCUACACACGCCCCAGCCCCGUCCUCUCCCGAGCUCUUAUUGUUCCCUCUGACUCUGGAUCUGACGCGAUUUGGUAGAACCCCCGCGGCAUAUUAGAGCUGACAUUGGCGAACGAGACGCUUACUAUUCUCGUGUAACACAUUUCUCAAGCUCCGUACCCGGUAGAACCUUCGCACUCCCGUGCAAUUCGCCGUUGGUCUCCAGCUAAAUCGCGACCCGAAUCUGCGCCGCUCCGUCCCGUCGAUUCUGAGACGCUUCCGGGCGACGUCACUACCUACUGAGGUGUAUCGCCAUCGCCAUCGCUGUUGACCUGCGUCCUGCCGUCCUGCGCGUAAUUCACUUGGCUGCGCGUAUCCUUUGAGCUUCCAACGCGUGUGCUACAGCUUUGGCUUGCGCGCGUCGGCCUUUGCUCUUGAUUUGUAUCUAUCAGCCGGCUUAGGCCUGUUACAAAACAGCUCGAAGCUCGCGCGACUUGUCUACCUCACUUUGGUUUGUAUUCGCUGGACUGUACGUACCAAUAUGUCUUUGAAUCAAAGCCUCUUCCUGUCCUCCUCCCAUACCAUGCAUGCCCUUAAUUCUCUACCGGACCUCGAAGUCAUGGUCCCCCGCCUUCUCUUCACUUGGCUUUACACCGGAGGGGCCCACCCCCCUCCGGUGCCUGCUCCGCUCCGUGUCCUGUAUCUUGGUUACCUUAGCCUUACCUCACCUCACCUCUCCUUGUCUUGACAAUAGACAUCCACAUCAACCACUCCUUACCUCACAAGCACACGCCCCCAAAAUUACCCAAGCGGACAGCGUCAUAGCCCCAAGAUCCCGGGCCAGGGACCACCUGCAUUAGUGACGAGGAACCCUCAUCGGUACAGUACUCUUUGAUUGACUUUGCACAGCACCGCAGAACCAAGACCCCUCUUCCUCUCUCGCACACCCUGACGCUUGCAAGCCCUACCAUCUGCGACGUGGCCAGGGGACACAUCAUCGCAAGGUCCAGCUGUGCGAGCCCGAAAUCCCCUUUGACAAAGGACGCUAGCAGCCGCUGCAGGUAGCCAAAUAUGUCGGAUUCCCCCCAAUCCGCUGCUCCCAAGGAGGUUGACCAUGGUGCACCAUCACCCGACGACGAAGCACAAAUGAACGAGCAACAAGACCCACAAGCCGCAAACUCAGCGGGCUACGAGUAUGAGGGUGUAAAGGAACAGGAUCGAUGGUUGCCUAUAGCCAAUGGUAAGUUAUCUAUCUACAGAGGCAUCCUGAUAUGAUUUGUUCGUCCCUUUCUGCGCGAGCUGUUUGACGCCUCAGCCCGCCCAGCCGUGCAUAUCUGGAUCCCUCUCAUGUCUUGCGAUUCGUCCCCCAAAUCACCCAAAGCGCCUCGCGCCUCUAAGGCCGACAGGGCUGAUGAGCUUGAUGCUAACAUUCGAAACUUUGCUCCAGUUGCUCGUAUCAUGAAAAACGCACUACCUGAAAACGCAAAGAUCGCGAAAGAGGCCAAGGAGUGUAUGCAAGAAUGUGUCAGCGAAUUUAUCUCUUUCAUCACGAGCGAGGCGUCGGAGAAAUGCCAGCAAGAGAAACGCAAGACCGUAAAUGGUGAAGACAUUCUUUUCGCCAUGACGUCUCUCGGUUUCGAGAACUACGCGGAAGCGCUGAAAGUUUACCUCAGCAAGUACAGAGAGCAACAGAAUCAGUCGAACCGCGAUCGAGUGGGGAUGGAUAGUAAUCCACAAUGGCUGAAUGAUGCCAAACCAGAGCCCAGUGCCGUGGGCGAGUUUGGACAGGACGGAAACGGCGUCGAGGCUGGGGGUGAUCCUAACUACAUUUAUGCCUCACAACCUGGCCACAAUGGCAACGCUGCCGAGGGCUACUAAAACGCUGCCUGCGGUGAGGAGCGGACGACGAAGACGAAAGCGGCGAAGCAUGGCCUCAACAACCCACUCCCUGGCCCCAACAGCGAUCGUACCAACCUCCACUCGAAUGGUUCUUCUAACCAGCGGCAGUAUACCCCUUCUGAACAGCAUAGGUUCAUCAUAUCGGUUGCGAGUAUUAGCUCAGUUAAUGGUAUCGACAGCAACCCAAUCAUCUCAGACGCUGCACUCUAAUACAAGUGUAUUUUUGUCCACAAGAAGCUUUCCCCCGGGAUGUGGACGUGGACUUCAGAAACGGUGGCAGACUUACAUGGUAUGAGGAAAAGUUGAGGACGGUAUUGUAGGGAAGGGUUGGGAGCAUAUAUGGGAGAUAUGACUGGGUUGGUGUUCAGAGAUAGAGGUGCGAUUUGCGUCUGGUACUUGCCUGCAAGCUUGGGAGCAGUCCCAAAAUGAUUAGUGUUAAUAAUCACGACAGUCAGAAAGGGUCUUUGGGAGCAGACUAACGGAUAUGCAUUGAGUCCAGAGGCAAGGAGUUUUGGGCCAGUAGUUUUCAGAUAAAUGAACACCCACAGUCUGUUUGUUUCAAUAUGCGUCUAACUAUCUGAGACUAUGCCUAUUAUUAAUGUUUUUACAGUGGUGAUGGCAUGAGCUUUGAAUGCAAAACGACAGUUCCUAGAUGGCGUUUUCUCAUAACUCGAGAAAGAAUCAUUUAUCUAGGAAGUUGUGAUCACGAGAGAAACUUCUCGGGUUUCCCGCAGUUAUGGAAGGGUCAAUAAUCCAUCUCAAUGGGAACUUGAUGGAUCGUUGUCGACACAGGGAAUAAGAACAACUGUUGCAACGCAUGAAGUGAGGUUGACUUCAGUAUCA